AUGUCAGGCUCAUUAGAGCCCUCGAGGCGGGCCACAUCGAAGAUGGUCACCAUAGUGGACCUUGACGGAGCUACAGGCCCCAUUGCAAUGCAGUGCAAGUGGAAACAGAGGGAGUUGGAAGUGCAAAUUCAAAGAAGCACGCUGCACCCUAACUUUCACCAAGAAGUCGAAGAUUCAUGCACCUACGGUGGUGCCAACAGACUGAAUCAGGGAUGCAAGUCUACUAGCUUGAGCAAAACUCCACCUAGGGAAAAUCUUUUUGCGCCCAGAUUAGGACCCCUUCAUUGCAACCAUCGUUGGUCUGGGUGGCGAAUGAUUCCACUAGCUUUUCAGUUCCAACCUAAACUGAUGGGGCAGCUCUCAUCUCUAUUGGGGCCCUGGACCUCCGCACAACGACAAGUUGGCUGUGGUGGCGCAGUGGGAUUUCCCCACAUCUUCGUAGGUUGCACGCACCUUUCUCUGUUUCCGCAUUUCUACCCCACUUUAUCUCCCUCCAUCAUUGUCGUCUCCUUGUCUUGUCGCCAGAGUCAAAGCUAUUCCAAGUAUGAAGAAGAAGAAGAAGAAAGAGAAGAAUUUUCCUACUCAGUUGUUACUUUCACUGACAACAACCACUUUGUUAUUUCAUCCCUGAGCACCAGCACUACAGUUCGACACCCCAUUCCAGUGUGGCCCGAUAUCGUAACCAUCAUCCCUCACCUCAUUGAACUCAACAAUGGGAUGUGUGAUGUGGGGAAUCGACGUCACUACUUGAACGAUGGUGAUCUCAGACGAAUCCCUCCUCAUGCAUGUGAGAAAUUUAGUCGGCACAGAUGA